GACGUCUCGACGCAGUGUGAAGACGGUUUUGCAUGAAGAAACGGAAAAAAGACGAUUUACAACCGGUGCGAUCAAGUUCCGAGACGGUUUUAUGGUGCCUUCCAAACGGGGUUUGCAUGUCAGGGAAUGGAUGUUGCUUCCAGACUCGUCCUGCCUCCACCAGUGGUGUGCGAUGAGGGUCCCGAGCAAAGGUGGUGCCCUCCCACUACGCCUCUCACCCCCUCCACGACCCCUUAAGCCAUGAGCGGCGACAGGAAGCCACAGCAACAGCAGCACCGGGUGGCACCACCCCGAGCAGGCCGGCGCUAUGAAGACGAGCUCCAGAUGAACUAUAUGGCACCCGGCGCCUUCACUGUACUACCUCCGGAUCAGAGGGGCGCCGGGUAUCAACCGGUGGAACCGCCUAGAGCUCCUGAACCCUACAGCUUUGGAGGAUAUUCAAGGAUGACACCUAGCCAACGUCACAAUAGGAACCACGCAUUUGCGGUGAUCGGAGAGCCAUCUAGACCCAGUUCCAGGAGUACUUCUCCAUCAGGAAGGGUCAGUCCCUUCAAAGGACAUGGCUUCAACCCUGCAGGGUCCAGGCAUGGUUCGCCUGUACCUCCGCCUGACGAUGCCAGGAUGAACGUCAGGUCGCCUAGACAUGGGGCCUCCAGAAUACCAAGGCGAAGAGGUAGCAACUCUUUUGGUGAACGCGUGUAUCAUCCUGACCUUUUGGCGUCGAAAGGAGUGUCAGGUUUGGAGAGGGACAUGAGCCAGAGCAUGGGGGAGUUGAGAAGUAGUAGGAGACCUCCUGCUGCACACCAGAUUCAUAGAAGCCCUGGUAAAAGGGUCACAUAUAGCAAAACAACACCUGCCUUCCAAAAGCUGUCGCCUAUUGAAGGAAGUUCCCCAGAGCCGACUCAAUCUCAGUCUUCCCCCUCCCGAAUCCCAAAGAGUCGCAGUACCCCUCCAAGCAGAAAGCAGUCGCCAGCUAGAAAUACGGGAAAACCUCCUACUUCCGUAUCCAAGCCAACGUCUAGGAACCAGAGCAGAAAUCAAAGUAGAAAUCAAUCUAGGAAUCAAAGUAGAGAUCGAAGUCCUUCCAAAAAUCCUACGUCACCCACCAGGGGACCUGCAAAGUACAGAAACGUUCAGCCAAAGGUUAACACUUUCAACAAGCCUCGAGACAGGCAACAAAAAGUGCUUCCAGCAGAUACCACAACAGAAUCGGACUCGCCUAGAGGUCACUACAAACCAUCUAUAAUGAAAAAGGACACUAUACACAGAUCGAGGACUAACCAACCGAAAUCAAACCACGCGCAAAGACACGAUAACAAAAUUAGUGACACCAUCACCAGUGACAGUUCGGUCAAUAAUAAUAAUAAUAAUAAUAAUAAUAAUAGUAAUUUAAAUAAAAACAAAACAAAUGCUAGAUCGAACAACAGUAGCGUAUUCGAUAAUAAUAAUACUUUUGGCAAUAAAAUUAACAACUCAAUCAAUAGCAACAAUCAGGGAAACAACAAAUUAGCAAAAAGUAAUGAUAACGAAAAUUUCAAAGACACAAUAACGAACUCGAAAGUGAAAAGUGAUGAUACAGUGAUAAAACCGUUCGGUGUUUCGAGUAACAGUGAAGUGGCAGAAGCGCAAGAGGAUGAAAGGGUGAUUAGUGGUGUGGUUGGGGUAUCAAUACCUUCUACGACAGCUGUCGUGUCGAGCACUACGUCAACUGUGGCUCAACCGCUGAAAAUUGAGACCAGUCUCAAUCCUCUUAAGUUGUUUGAAGGCACCAAAUCUGUGUCGCCUAUCGUGGAUGGUAAGAUCCUGAACGCCACCAGCGUCUCCAGCGCCAUAAACAAAAUGAACGAUACCGUGUUGGACUCCCAGACUGUGAUGAAGGAGUCAGGCCUCUCCAGGUUAACACCCACCAAUCCUGUGGUGUCAUCUUCAGAUACCACUCCAAGAAACAACCCUGCUUUGGACACUAAGAACGCCACAACUGCCCUACCGACCGUCGAACCCAUUAGAAGCUCAGAGAUGGGGAUUGGAAAUAAUAAUCAUACGAAUCAUGUGACGCAUAUGAUGAACAACAGGCCAUUAGAUAUUGAGAUGCAUAGAAGGAUGGACAACGGCGGUGGCAGAACGUCAACGGACCGAAUUCCAGACAAAGUGAAAGAAAUGAGAACAGUAGUAGCAUCAGAUGUGCAACCAAUCAAGAUCACAGUCAGGGAAAAACCUGGGGUAGAAGUGCAAAGUGGAAAUGUUAGGACCGCGAUGAUCAAUGGAAUAAACGAAAGACCAAGACAUAGUUUACCCCCAACACAAGCUCUGCCACCCAACGAGCCUCAAAAGGAACCUCCUCCAAAGAAUGCCUGCACAAGGUUCUUUAGGGACGUUAAACGAAAACUAUCCUGCAAGCCCUGCAAACCAUGCGGGUCCUGCAAACCUUGUGGUUCCUGCGAAUCCUGCAAGGUGGGAGAGCCUUGCAACCCAUGUGGAUCAUGUCUUCCCUGUGCGGUGUGUCUUCCGUGCAUUUCCUGCAAGAGCUGCAAAUCCUGUGAAUGUCCGGAGUCGAACUGUAAAAGUUGCAGGAAGGGCAGGUGUUGCAGGAUUAGCGACUGUUGCGUGCCGCCUUGCUGCAAGAAGCCUAAGACCGACGGAAGGCAAAGAGAUAUCGAGCUUAUUGAGGACCAGGAUGAAGCACAAUCAAGUUGCUUCAGUUGUUGCUGUAAUAAGAACAAACCAAAAGGCCUGCCAUCAAAGGUAACCAUGGAAAACGAAAGAGGAAGACUAGGUAGAUGCUGGGAUAGGAUGAAAUGUUGCGGGAGGAAUAAAGUCGGAGAUAAGUCCACGAGUUGUUGCAAUCUGGGAAGACGAAAAGGAGAUUGGGCGGAUGGACGGCAACAAAGUAUGAAUGCUGCACAAGAUAGAUGUUCUAAAGCCUGCUGCAUGGGAAUUCUGUCAGCAAUAUUUUGUUGUGCUUGCUGCAAAAAGAAACCACCAGUAAGAGAAGAACCAGUCCGGAAGCAAUCUGUGAUGAGCAAGAAGAAGAGCCUUACACCUGGUAGUGUACCUCCACCUGAGGACACUACUCCAAAAAUCGACAUAAGCCUGGUAGAGCAUAGCUCACAUAUGCGAGGGGCGAUUCCAGUAUUACCAGUUUGCUUGGCUUGGUUCUGUUUAAUAAUGAAUUGCAUCCUACCAGGAACCGGUACACUGUUCAGUGGGCUGUUUUGCCUGUGCCUAGGCAUCCCAAGAUUUUCGCAGAAAGAUGGAUGCAGGCAGCGCAUGGGGGCUUUCCUAAUCAACUGUAUCAUAUCGUUCAGUCAAUUUUUUACGGUGCUUUUCUGUUUGGUUGGAUGGGGAUGGUCCAUUUGGUGGGGAGUCAUUAUGCUUAAAGUUGCAAGGAAGCACAAGAGAUUUCGAGAACUUGAGAACAUGGAAGAAGGCAACGCACAACCUGUACCUAUAAACAACCGUUUGAGGGACCCAGUAAGAAAAUAGAUACUUAUACAUAUCUCUAUGACCUACUAGGUUAAUGACUUUUUAUACAAGCCUAACAUUUUUCAUUAUUAACCUCGUUUAACGACUACUAAAGUGAUUACUUAAUGAUAUAAUAUUGAGGAUUUCUAAUAAGAAUGGGUGCCUUAUCCGAAUUUUGCUUAAAACUGUUAGACAACCUUGUCAUUUCAAAAGCACGACUUCUAAUGUCCAAGUGCUGUAAAAUAGUAGGAAACUAAACUAGUUUUUUUGGAAUUCCCAAAAUACCUGAAUUAUAUAGAUAAUUCAAGGUAGUGUUUUCAUUAAAAUUGGAAAUCCUUUUUGAUUUUUUUUUGUUUUUGGCUAGAGAAAGGAUCAGGGUCCAUGAGCGGAAUUUUCGGACCUACAAAUAACAAAAAAUUUCAAGCUGAUCGCAUAUAAGAAAUUUUUAAAGUUAAAUAUUUCAGAUUAUACAUGUAUGUAUGUAUGUAUUUUAAUUUUUCAUCAAUAUUUAUAUUUUUCUUUUGAUUCCUGAUUUUACUUUCAUAGACCAAACCUUUGCAAUUUUUGGAUUACUGUCCAAAAUUCAACGCAUUCUCCAAUACUAAUUACGGAAAAUAUUGAAUAGGCAUGAAAUUGCUGCAUUACUGCGCUUACAGUAGAAACGAAUUAAUAUACGAUUAUAAUAAGAUUUCAACAUCUGUUUUUAUUCUGAGC